CAAGGAAGUAAUAGGCUUGCGUAGUAGGAGGUGUACAGUACAUAAAAUCCAUGAAUGAGAAACAAACGCUUGACAGAUAAACUUCUGAAGCUAAUUGUCACAGUUUUAGAGUAGAAUAAGGUAUUUCUUGUUUUGUUUUUACUUAUGGAUAACAAAGACGAAGAAGGGGGUGUUCUUGACCCUGAAGCACCUGAAGAAGGCCCUUCAGCGCCCCCAUCUUGUCUGUUGGAUACAGUGUCUGGCUAUGAAGGGACGCCCUCAGAGGGAGUUGGUGAAGAUAAGAUAUAUCCUCCUCCCUCUGACAGGGUGCCAAAGCCAGAAAAUGAUCGGAAUGCAUCUGUCCCUCAUGUCAGGCUUCCCACAGUGUCUGAAGACACAGCGAGAGCAGCCCUCCUGGAGUAUGUUGGCAGUAAAUGGACUUACAGAAGUAAACCAGCAAAGGAACUCGUCUUUCGAGAUCUAACGCCUUUCACUGCAUACAGGUAUCGCUUGGAAACAUUUACAGAAUCCAGAGGAACUGCCUGGGCCUUUGAACCAUAUACUAAUCAGCUUGUAGAUGGACCUCAGUAUGGCGUUCCUCCCCCACCCUGGGAUGUUGUGGUUGAGGUUCCUCCCAUGUACACUGAUUAUUGCCAGAAAGUCAGGGUGCCCCACACCUCAUUUGUCAAGAUGUGCCACCGAUGCCAUGGGAAAGGCCGUGUCCGAUGCAGUCAGUGUCAUGGAUGGGGUAAGACACGGUGCACUUCCUGUUUUGGAACGGGGCGUAAAAGUGGAAAACAUUGUACAUUUUGUCAUGGAUCAGGACGUAGAAGGUGCUCUCGCUGUUCAGGACGAGGUACUAAAACAUGUGACAUUUGCAAAGGACACAGAAAUCUAAUGCACUUCAUUCAGUUGAUAGUAACCUGGAAAAACCAGAUUUAUGAGCAUGUACCUGAUCAAUGCCCUGGUUUUCCAGUGAAACUAUUUGAAAAAGUCAAUGGAGAUAAAUUUUUUGUUGAUGAAAGUGCUCUGGUUUAUCCGAUAGUGGGUUUUCCUGAAAAAGAAAUUUGCGACGCCUCCAAGAGAGGGAAUGAUGAACACAUGGCCAGGUUCUCACGAAGCAUGCAUAUCCUUCAACAGCGCCAAACCAUUGAGCUGAUUCCUCUGACUCAGGCCUUUUAUGAAUAUAAAGAACAGGAAUACAAUUACUUUGUGUAUGGUAUUGAGAACAAGGUUCAUGCACCAAAAUACCCAUCCAGCUGCAGUAUCCUGUGAAGUGUGGAUAUGUUCCUGUGAUGGGGUACCCGGGGGGGGGGUCUGGGGAAUAGUGGGUGACAGGGAGGCAGUUAAAAUACUCCCUGCAAAAACACGUGGUGUAUAAAUAAGGUGAUGACUGGUGUUAGCGUGGUUAGUGUGUUAGAGGUAAUGCUGGUGUUAGAGGUAUGUGGUGAAGUGUUUUUCGUGUUUUGUGCUGUGCCGUUCAUCCUGUUUUAUUUACGUCUGUGAGUGUUUUGUAUAGUCCUUUUGUUUUGGCCCUUGUGCCUUUUAUUUUAACCAGUGUGUUUUGGUUAGUGUUUGUACCAGUUUGUUUUGUUAAUGUGUUGGAUUAAAAAACGCAAUAGUGUGUUUAAACUUGCCAUCUCUGCCCCCGAAUCUCUUCCUGAUAUUCACCAGCCUGGGCUGUGACGUCUUCCUGUCACAGGGCCUGAAAGAAGAAAGCAAGUCUGCAGCUUUGUAUUAAGAAACUUUAUGAACAAAGGUACCAGAAAUGGUGGGGACUCAAUUUCAAUUCUCCAAGAUAAGAAGAGACUGGAUCAUGCAGAGACUUAACAACUACAGCGGAUAGAUAACACUUCCUCAAUACACCAGACCACAUAUUCUCUAUCUUUAGGUAGAUGAAAGCCCUUGUUAUCUUUGCUUACAAAACCAUCUUACACCAUUGUAUCUUAACAUUUAUUGAUUACACCAAACAGGUCAUACUUUCUUGGGUCUCACACAUAUUUUAAUUUGCAAACAGAACUUUUUAAAAAUAAUAUUGCUUGUAAUAAUAAUAACAAUGUAUUUUCUGUAAUGAAUUUACACAUUUAAAAGUGUAUUGAUUUUAGUGCAAUUGUAUAUUUAUAGUUGCCUGUAACACUACUUAUUCUAUUGAAUAAUACUCUUAUUUUGUUUAUAAGAAAUACAUAUGAAUCAUAUCUAAAAUAAUUUCAGUCAAGAUAAUGUUUGAAAUAAAAAAGUCUGUAUCAUCUAAACUUCACACAAUACUUAACAAUGCUUAUGACUUGUCGUUGUGUUGUGUACAAACUUUUAAAGAAUUUAAAAAAUAAAAAAAACUUUAUGCUGUUGCAUAAAGUUGCAAAUCA